GAGAAACCACUCCUCCAGGUCUUCAAUUACUUCAAACUGUUAGUAUUUUGCUUUCAAAGCAGAAGGGAAGUUGAGCUUUCAACUCCAAAAACAAAGGCUUCAGAUUGCCUUACCUCAUUGUCUUCUUUGUACAGAUUUCUGUCCUCUUCUAAUAAUUAUUAUAAUCUUCAUAACUCAGUGAAGUGAAACUUCACUAUCAUCUUUCGUCAUUUUUCGAGAACAAGUCAAAAGAAGAAAAAGAAGAAGAGGACUGUUUCGCUCUUCUGUAGUCUACAUUAAGCAUAUGGCCCUAGAAACAAAGGCCUGACUUUAAAUGAGAAACAAGUUUUGGAUUGGAAUUCUGGCAGGUUAAGAGCUUGGGAAAUUAAGACCAGGUUUGUCUUAUCACUUGUAGUUGAUUUUCAUUUAUAAUAUCAUCUCCUAUAUAUAUGUAAGGCUGGAUGGAUGUUCUUUUCGACUACUGAACACUUGUAUGUUGUCUGGUUACUUCCUUGGAAGCUAAUUGAUCAAAGGCAGGUCUAAGUUUCAUGGAUAAAAAAACUUUAUCUUCUUCACAUUCUGGCCCUCAAGAAGAAGCUUCCAAUCAUGAUGAAUUUUUCAUGCAACAAAGCCUGCUUUUCUCUGAUACUGUUAAGGAUUUGAAGAUUUUAAGGGAACAGUUGUACUCAGCAGCGGAGUAUUUUGAAAACUCUUACAGCAAAGAGGACCAGAAACAAUUAGUGGUGGAGACCCUGAAGGAUUAUGCCAUCAAAGCCUUAAUCAAUACUAUUGACCACUUGGGUUCUGUAGCAUACAAAGUCAACAGCUUUUCUGAAGAAAAGAUCAACCAAGUUUCAGCUCUGGAGCUUCGCUUCUCUUGCCUGGAACAGAGAGUACGAACAUGCCAAGAGUAUAUCAACCAUGGGGGACUUUCUCAACAAUUUUUGAUGGUAGAAACUCCCAAGUACCACAAGCGAUACAUCUUUCCAGUUGAGGAGACUUUGGAUAGCAAAUCAAGAUUUCACAGGAGAAGCUGCAGUCCUGAAUACAACUCGUGUCAGUUCAAAAAUGCUGUUCAAGCAACAAUGAAAGGGACCUCUCCAUCUACUCUCGGAGAAGGACAUCCUAGAUUACAGUCUCCACAGUUUUCCUCAAGACCAGGAACUUUUACAUUUCCAAAUACUUUAAUCAACAAAAAACCAGAUAAAAGAGCUAGCUCUCCACAGAGGUUUCCAUUCAUACGUUCUGGAUCCCUUCUUCCUAAGAGAGCAAUAUCUCUGAAUACUAAUGUCCUCCAGAGGCAUCCGCCAGAAUCUUGGAGAUCUGUUUCAUUGUCUACAUAUCCUGACAGAGACGGCGUAAACGAGAUUGAACAAUAUUCAAGCAAAAGCAAACAACUCUUUAAGGCCUUGCUUGGCAUGCGCAAAUCCAGAAAGGAUCACACACUGUACAAAUACUUGGAUGACGCUUGAAAGAAACCAGAUAAAGAUUUGUACUUUUUGUCCCCUAUUUUGUAAUCUCUUUUGUUUUAAAUUAUCAGUUAGUGUCUGUUGUCCUAUUGGAAGUAAGCAUGUUCAACUCUUUAUCUUGUUAUGAAAAGCUAGAGGUUAGAAGUCAAUUAGAGCUCUUAUAUUAGGUUAGAAAAACUACACAGGUAGUGUGACACAGUCCAUACUGGUUUAAAAUUGCCCUGUAACCGUACAAAACAAACUAGAGCCACAUGCAACAAGCAGAUCCAUGCUUAGCAGAGAAGAAGAGCUUUGAGAGCCAACAGAGCAGAAACGACUUGACCAAACAAGGUUGGACCUUCCCGUGAGCUGCCAUUGUCCAUUCAGAUACGCAAUUUUGCCAAAAGAAAGGAGGUUGUGAGCAUAAAGAGCCACAGCAUGGAAAACUCAGGAGAGCCUCUGCUAAACGGUACACCUCAUCCAUGUCCUUGCCUUGAAGUCCAGCGGAUAUCUUUCCAUCUCCAAUAUUCUAUAUGGGAUGAUAGUUUGAGGGAUGUGUUUGGUGUUGUGCUGUGAACGAUAUAAUUAAAUGUUAAAAAAUCUUGACAACUCCUUCCUUUAAUAAUUUUCUAAAUUUGAAGAUAAAACUUUUUUGAAUUGAUUAUUAAUUGUUUUCUUUACGUA